AUGACGCCUGAAAAAACAAAAACUAUUGAAGAAGGUGCAGAACACACGACGCCGGAAAACCCAAUAGACGUACUAGAAGAUUACUGGUACGAUAUUGAGACAUACAAAUCCUGUGAUGAUUCAGUUCUUAAGUUUACGUCUAGACGACCACUGAUUGAUGACAUUCCAUCGUUCAGCCUUGGAAUGACGCAAAUGGGGAAUGAAGCAAUGACGUCAAAUGCUGUGACAGGAGAUGGAACUGUGGGAAUGAACAUGGAGACUGAAUAUCACUUUGAAGAUGGGGGUGCAGAGGAUGUGGAGCGCGGCACUACUGAGGCUUUGGGCAGUAACAUGGAUGUUGGGCCGACGGCGGAAGACUUCACGUUUGCUACGACCCCACAGGUUGGAGUCAUAGGUGAGCUUCCAGGAAAUGUCGAAGUACAACCCCAACUUCGCGUCAGGAUAAAUCUUACACGUGUUCUGCUGCCGACAUGAAAGGAGAAUGUUUCGUAUGAAAAUGUAAAUGUGGUGGUAAAGAAAUUGCGUAGUGGUAGAAAGUGAAACUAUUCGAUAUGGUUGUAAUUAAUAACUUUUUAUUCAGUUGGGUGGUGGGUGCGUUUUGACUGAACCCCAGAAACAGAUGGUCUUGCAGCCUCGUGAUGAAAAUGUAUGUGUUUAUUUUGUGGUUGAUGUUGUGACGAAUAGGUAGGCUUUCGUGGGGCAGGGAUCAAUA